GCUGCCUUUACAGUUUAACACACACGCUCACACACACACACACACACAAGCACACACACGCAGACAGACACGCACCUUCCUGGCUCCGCUGCUGUGCUGCUGUGACCCAGCCUACAAGCCCACUGCUCCACAGACAGUGAAGCCUCCACACUCCUACGGCUGCCUGCGCUGCACUUGUCAUCGCGACAGAGAUGAUUGAAACCUGAACUGGAUCCCUGGCUGUGCGAGGGAUAACCUUCCCUGCAGGAGGCUCCGAAUCCAGAGCUGCCGGAUCCCUUCUGUGCCAGCACACAGAGAGAGAGAGAGGAUUUAGGGUUUGCGCUGCUCUGGCUGGAGUCCAACUCCUCCACCAGAGCUGCUCGGAAGUAACGGCGGAAUACAAGAAACAGCCUCUGUUUACACAGACUCAUCACGUUAUACCUGCUUUAUCCUCAGCUCUCUGUUUCUUCUUCUUCUUCUUCGUCCGGGCCCUUGCCCCCAGGGGAACUCUUAUCCUCUCCAUCAGCUCUACUCGCCACCCGUUUAUCCAUCUAAUAAUGAACUCCUCCGCCUCCAUCACGUCCCUAUUCUCCUUCACCAGCCCGGCGGUUAAGCGCCUGCUCGGCUGGAAGCAAGGGGACGAGGAGGAGAAGUGGGCGGAGAAGGCCGUGGACUCUUUGGUGAAGAAACUAAAGAAGAAGAAAGGGGCGAUGGAGGAGCUUGAGAGAGCCCUCAGCUGCCCCGGGCAACCCAGUAAGUGUGUGACCAUCCCGCGAUCCCUGGACGGGAGGUUGCAGGUGUCCCACAGGAAAGGUCUCCCCCACGUCAUCUACUGCAGGGUGUGGCGCUGGCCCGACCUGCAGUCCCACCACGAGCUGAAAGCCCUGGAGUGCUGCGAGUUCCCCUUCGGCUCCAAGCAGAAGGACAUCUGCGUCAACCCGUACCAUUACAGGCGCGUGGAGACUCCAGUGCUGCCACCGGUUCUGGUCCCGCGCCACAGCGAGUUCAACCCUCAGCACAGUUUACUAGCAAAGUUCAGGAACGCCUCCCUUCACAACGAGCCCCUGAUGCCCCAGAAUGCCACCUACCCGGACUCCUUCCCUCCCCUGCCCUGCUCCUCCUUCCCCUCCUCCUCCCCCUCCUCGUCCCUCGCCCAGUCCCCCACCUCGCAGAGUUUCCCCAGUUCGCCCAACAGCUCCGCGGAACCCGGUAGUCCUUAUCACAUCACAGCCGAGACUCCCCCGCCUCCGUACAGCAUGAUGGAGACGAACCCUCAAGAUGACGUGAAGCCGAGCAACGCCACAGAAACAACUAAACUCACCUUCUCUGCUCCGCACAGAGAUUUAAGGCCCGUGUGCUACGAGGAACCCGAGUACUGGUGCUCCAUCGCUUACUACGAGCUCAACAACCGGGUCGGGGAGACAUUCCACGCCUCAUCCCGGAGCGUCUUGGUGGACGGCUUCACGGACCCGUCCAACAACAAGAACCGCUUCUGCCUCGGCCUGCUCUCCAACGUCAACCGCAACUCCACCAUCGAGCACACGCGCAGGCACAUAGGCAAAGGCUUACACCUGUACUACGUGGGCGGCGAGGUGUACGCCGAGUGCCUGAGCGACAGCAGCAUCUUCGUCCAGAGCCGCAACUGCAACUUCCAGCACGGCUUCCACGCCACCACCGUGUGUAAGAUCCCCAGCGGCUGCAGCCUCAAGAUCUUCAACAACCAGCUGUUCGCUCAGCUCCUCGCCCAGUCCGUUAACCACGGCUUCGAGGUCGUCUACGAGCUCACGAAGAUGUGCACCAUCCGCAUGAGCUUCGUUAAGGGCUGGGGUGCCGAGUACCACCGUCAGGACGUGACCAGCACCCCCUGCUGGAUUGAAGUGCAUCUGCACGGGCCCCUGCAGUGGCUGGACAAGGUCCUCACGCAGAUGGGCUCCCCGCACAACCCCAUUUCAUCAGUGUCGUAGCAUCAUCACGCACGCACACUUUGCGGUCCUGGCCCUCCCUUCACACAGGUAGUCGUAGAUUCUGUACGCAUGGCUAUAUUUGAGUUUCCGGUCCCUCUCUUGACAUUUUUCUACGUUUGUUACGUUCCACCACACAACUGAUUACCGACUUUCAUUUAGCUUCAUUUACACCUUAUGUUCAUUUCAGUAUGAUGAAGCAUUUAUCCUCAUCUCCGUCUCCAUCGGGACAUGUUAACUGCACAAGAUAAAUGGGAUUUGUUUGUAGGUACUCAAAAACUUGUUAUGUGUUAAUGUUAUUAUGGUAGUAUGUACUGUAUUUACAUGUGUUGACCAAUGUUUGACUUCAUGUACUUGUUGCUUUUUACUUGUUCUAUUAAAGUUGUUUUUUCUUUACAAAACACCA